UCUCUAUCAACCGAGAUGUGAAUUCAUUACAGGGAUUAAGGGAUUUUUUUUUUAAAGAAAGCAACGUUUUGGUCCACUCCAACAUCCAGGGAUCUGUGCAUUAAAGCGUUGAAGGGGUUGCGCAUGCGCAGUGUGUUUGACUGAGAGCGAGCGAGAGAGAGAGAGAGAGAGAGAGAGAGAAAGAGAGAGAGAAUCAGGGAGCUAUCCGUGCUGCUGUUUGCUUAUCAGUUUUCUUCCUCAGUAGAGAGCUGUGUGUUUGUGUGUGUGAGAGAGAGAGAGUGUGUGUGUGUGUAUGAGUGUGAGUAUGUGGUGGGUUUAAGUGUGUGUUUUUUAUGGACGCCAUGGACGAUGAGUUGAAAUGUCCAGUAUGCGGGUCCUUCUUCAAGGAGCCGAUUAUUUUGCCGUGCUCACACAACGUGUGCUUGGCGUGCGCGCGGAACAUCACGGUGCAGACCCCGGAUGGUGAGCAGCCUCCGCCGCCGAGCCGCGUGUCGGCCGGCUCGGACUACGACUUCACGGACGCUGAUAAGCUGAGCGAGACGGACAGCGGCUACGGCUCGUACACGCCGUGCGCCAAGUCGCCGAACGGCGUGCGCGUUUUCCCGCCGGCGCUGGCGCCCCAGGCGCACCGCCACCGCUCCGUGACGUGCCCGCUGUGCCACCGCAGCGCCUCGCUGGACGAACGGGGCCUCCGCGGCUUCCCGCGCAACCGCCUGCUCGAGUCCGUGUUGGCCCGGUGCCGCGCGACCCCCGCCAAGUGCCAGCUGUGCGACCGCAACCCGGCCGACGCCACGGUCAUGUGCGAGCAGUGCGACGUGCUGUACUGCGCGCCUUGUCAGCAGCGGUGUCACCCCGCCCGAGGGCCCCUGGCCAAGCACCGGCUCGUGUCGCCCGCCACCGGGGUCGCCGCGCGCACCGCUGGAGCAGCCGCAGCUGGAGCGCAAGCAGCCGCCGCCGCCGCCUCCUCUGCGUGCGCCGAACACGACGCUCAGAGCUGCAGCGCGUACUGCGUCACCUGCAAGAUCCCCGUGUGCUACCUGUGUAUGGAGGACAGCAAGCACGGAAAACACGACGUGAAACCCAUAGCGGCCAUGUGGAAGCAGCACAAGUGCCAGUUGUCUCAGGCGUUGAACGGCGUAUCUGAUAAAGCGAAGGAUGCCAAGGAGUUCCUGGUGCAGCUGAAGAACCUGCUCCAACAGAUCCAGGAGAAUGGCGUGGAGUUCGAAGCAUGUCUGGUGGCUCAGUGUGACGCCCUGAUUGAGGCGCUCACGCGGCAGAAAGCCAAGCUGCUCACCAAGGUCACCAAGGAGAAAGAAAGCAAGCUGAAGACGGUGAGAGACCAGAUCACACACUGCACCAUGAAGCUGAGGCAGACCACCGGCAUGAUGGAGUUCUGCCUGGAGGUCAUCAAGGAGAACGACCCGAGCGGCUUCCUGCUGAUCUCGGAUGCGUUGAUUAAACGUGUUCAGCUCUCUCAGGAUCAGUGGGUUAAAGGCGCUCUGGAGCCGAAGGUUUGCCCCGAGUUCAACCUGAGCCUCAACACCGACCCUCUGCUGCAGGCCAUACUACAGCUCGACUUUAUCCAGAGCCGGGAUUCUCACACUCGGGAGUCUCCGUUACCGAGACAAAAACACGCCGGCGUCCGGAACGAGACGCAGAGCACAGGAGUAGAGAUCCCCGGAGCCCCUCCUGCUCCUUUACUGGAGCUGGAAAAGUGUUGCCUACGAAACAACAGCGCCACUCUGGCCUGGAGGAUAAUUACACCUCAGCCGAUGCCUAUGGAGGGCUAUAUCCUGGAGCUGGAUGACGGAAACGGUGGACAAUAUCGGGAGGUGUACGUGGGGAUGGAGACAGUCUGCACGGUUGAUGGUCUCCACUUCAACAGCUCCUACAAUGCUCGGGUCAAAGCCUACAACUCCAUCGGGGUCGGGGCUUACAGCAAGACUGUGGUCUUAAAGACAUCUGAUGUUGCCUGGUUCACCUUUGACCCUACCUCAGCGCACAGGGACAUUGUUCUGUCCAACGACAACCAGACGCUGAGCUGCAAUAGCUACGAUGACCGUGUGGUGCUCGGAACGGCUGCUUUCUCCAAAGGAGUCCACUACUGGGAGCUCAGCAUCGAUCGCUACGAUAACCACCCGGACCCUGCUUUCGGUGUGGCGCGCAUUAACACGGCAAAGGACGCUAUGCUUGGGAAAGAUGAUAAAGCCUGGGCCAUGUAUGUGGACAACAACCGUUCAUGGUUCAUGCACAACAACUCGCACACCAACAGGGCUGAGGGGGGAAUAACCAAAGGCUCAACUGUUGGUGUUCUCCUGGACCUGAUGAAACACACACUUACAUUUUUCAUCAACAAAGAACAGCAUGGCCUCGUGGCCUUCGAGAACAUGGAGGGUGUGUUUAUGCCUGCAGUCAGCCUCAACCGUAAUGUACAGGUGACCCUAAUCACAGGCUUAGAAGUACCAAAGAACAUCAAAUAAUGACCUCUGACCUGUGGGAACGAGGUACAUCUCAAACAGUUGUACCCCUUGGUUCUUUUUCUUCAUGAGGCAAAGCCACAUCUCAACGCCAUUUGGUUGGAGAUGAAAGACUUCUUAAAAACUACAUCUCAAAAAUAUUUGUUUUUUUCCACAUUCCUAAGGGAAUCUCAGUGUGUACAAUCAGAACUCAUGCUGUUUACAGUAAACUCAUCCCAGGAGGCGUUUCCUAGAGGAUCAGGAAGCUUUGAAGGAGAGUUAUGUCUGUUUAUCCAAACUUCAUCCAUCAGUGUUCUUCAAAACGUAAGCUUAUCCUGGUUAUAAAUGUUUAGCUGAUGUAGACGCUGAAGCAUUUAUUGGUGAAAUUCUUGCUUGAUAGGUCACUGGGGUCAGAUUGACUAACCAGUGCUGUGACCUACUUGCUGUAUACAGUGUGGUGUAUCAACUCAGUAUAGCCGAUUUUUUUGCAAAGUGGCAACUGUGAUAAACAAUUGUGAAACUGGUUUUCAUGCUUUGCUCAACCUUACCAAAUUCCAGCACAAAUUCGGCUGCAUAGUCUUUAAUGGUUCUUUGGAUUAGCAUGUUGGAUUUCUGGAAUCAGUGUAAAAUUGGAGUGGCCAAACAGCAAGAUGAGCUACCAAACAAUGCUGGGAUAUUUAUUUAGCCAGUAAAUUAUUAAAGUAAUAUCUAUUUGAUGCACCAUUGCAUUACCUAAUCUUCUGUAUAUACAAAUCAUUUGGGGUCUGUAGACUUUAAAUGGACUGAACAUUUAAUCAAGAUCAUCUAUGAAUGUUUUUCUCCAUUAGCAGAACCUGGGACUAAAGAUUCUGUGUAUGGCCUUAAAACAAAGCAUUUUAGUAAGCUCAAAAGUUCCACUGUGGUGGCAACAGUAUACCAAUGAUUGUUCAGAAUUUAGGUUGAAAGGAUACCGAACCCAAUGCAGAAUCCCAAAGUAUUCUUUGGUUUGUCCCACUGGGGAAACCCUCAAAGAUUCUAGGCAGAACUUAAAAAGACGGGUUUUAAUAUGCUACAACCCAUAACCAUCCAAAGAACCUGUUCUGUAUUUACAGAACCUGCACCAACAUUUAGAGGUGAGAUGCAAUGAUAGUUUCUAGGCUUUUUUGACUCCAACAAACUCUCUAACAAAACUUUCUUCAGAAUGAUCAUUGAUUCCCAUUUGCCAUCUUUUUCAAUGGUAUAUCUUGAAGACUGAAGGGUUCAUUGGUUUGUCCCAUUAGGGGAACCCUUAAAGAUUCCCUGGAUCCUCAAAAGCGAGGGAUUUUAUUUUACAGUCCAUAACCAUCCAAAUAACCUUCUGAGGGACCUUGUUUUAAGAUUGUUGAUAAGAACACAGGUCCCUCCUGGGUGAUACUAUUGGGGAUGACUUUCUGAUCAAAGUUUGUUCAGUAAAACUGCCUCAUCCCAUCAAUAACUAUUAUAGCUGCCAAUUACCAGUGUUUAUAAUCUUUGAAAAAAAAGAAGGUUACAUCUAAAAGUCUAAAGCAUCCUUUGGUUUGUUCCACCAGGGGAACCCUUAAAGAGUCUAUAUAGAGCCUCAUAGUAGAGGGUAUCUCUCCCAGUACCAUAACCAUCCAAAAACCUAUUAAGAACCCCUUUUUUUUCUAAGCCUAUUUGAAGGACCCAUGACCCCCAGGGUUUCGGGAAUGGCUUUGUUUGGUGGCACUAUUGUACCGUGUAUUCUUGAACCAUCUAGCAAAUCUUGGUUCUUUUCCAAAUGAGGAACCUUUAAAGAUUCUGCAUAGAACUUUGCAAAACAGGGUUUCCUUUUUCCUUUAACCAUCCAAUAGUAUACACUGAUGAUACAUGACCCCAUCCGACUUUCUUAGGCUUUCUAGAGGGUCCCAACUUGGUGGUAAAGUUUGGACAAACUGGUGGAACUGCCCUUCAACAAUACUUGCUACAAAACAACUUUACACAAAUCUCAGGUUUAAAAUACUCAGCCGGGCGGUGAUCCAGACGCAGAUUAGACUUUUACACUGCCGUAGUUAGAAAACCGUUACAUACUAGGCUAAAGUCUGAGUCUGGAGAUCAGGACCAUAGAGGAUCUUUCAUCUUUGGUCUGGUUCUCUUAAAACAUUCAAGAAGGUGUACACACAUGUAAAUUGCUAACCUGGUACUUGGUGCCAAAAAGAACAAACCGCAGAUGGAAACGAAUGAUCGUAAAUAUAGGAAUAUCAUUUGCUGCUUGUAAUUAGACACGUACUCAACCCUUCAGGAUCCGACACCGGAACCUUUCACACUGUGAUAUAUAUGGAAAAAGCGAAUAACAUUCCAGAGUAAUUUCUCUAUUCUAUUCCUCUCCCUGAUAUUUCUGCCCUUGUUUUUUUUUUCUUCUUCUCGUGUGAUUUCUAUGCUGUAUAUUUUAACAGUAUUGUAAGGAAGCUUCUUUUUAUUCUGCAUGGUACACGACGGAGCCGAUACGGCUUGAGCAUGAGGUUUAAUGAUCUUAUAUUAUACUUGUGUUGUAUAUAUAGUGUAACGAAACGCAGAGUGGAAAGCGUCACGCUCUGGUGCGGUUCGAAAACUACAAGGUGUGCUACGAUUUUUUUCAAUUUUGUUUAUUUAUUUAUUUUUUUGUUUAUUUUUUUUUUGAACCAACUGCUUAAGCCUUAAGCAAAAAGAGCACAGACACGUCACAAGUCAGAAUCGCACCAAACUUUUUGCAAUUAAAGUCUAAAUAAAUUGUGCAAUGAGAAACAUUUGUAAAUUGUUACUGCAAAAAAAAAAACCAGACAUUUAAUUUGUUGUAAUAUAGUCAUUAGGUAUGACGCUUCAGCAGUUCUUUGGGCACGUCGGUACAUUUGAGGAUUUCAAGUAAAUAGUGAGAUACUCGCCUCAACGUGGAUCAAAUCAACGCUCUUAAACUCCUCAUGGUAUCACCGGACAGUAUAAAGUGUGUUACAGAAACACAAACAGACUCAAUUAUGAUGUGUAUGAUGCCCAGCCCUUGAAUGUACACUAUGUUGCCAAAAGUUUUGGAACAUCUGCCUUUACAUGCACAUGAAUAUGGAAUUGUCCCGCCCUUUGCAGCUAUAACAGCUUCAACUCUUCUGGAAAGGCUUUCCACAAGGUUUAGGAGUGUGUUUAUGGGAAUUUUGGACCAUUCCUCUAGAAGAAGUGCAUUUGUGAGGUCAUGUACUGAUGUUGGAUGAGAAGGCCUGGCUCACAGUCUCCGCUCUAAUUCAUCCCAAAGGUGUUCUAGGGGGUUGAGAUCAGGACUCAAGUCAAGUUCCUCCACACAUCCAUGUCUUUAGGGACCUUGCUUUGUGCACUGGUGUGCAGUCAUGUUGGAACAGGAAGCAGUCAUCCCCAAACUGUUCACACAAAGCAUGACACUGUCCAAAAUGUCUUGGUAUAAAGCUGAAGCAUUAAAAGUUCCUUUCACUGGAACUAAGGUUCCGAGUCCAACCCCUGAAUUAAAUGAUUUAGAGAGGUGUCCCAAAACUUUUGGCAAUAUAGUGUACAUCUUUUCCUUGAGACGGUUUCUUCAUGAGUCGCAAAACACAAUCAUAUGACACCUAGUGGUCAAAAGUGAGAACUGCAACAAGUGCUAAUAGAGGUCGAGUGAGGCAGGUAUCACGCUGCCCCAUGCUCAGGGGGAAGAGCAUCAGACAGGACAGUUAAUAGGAUAGUAAAAAUAAAUACAUAAAUAAAUUUUGCAGCUCAAAAGAUCUUAAGUACGUCCCAAAUCGCAUGCUUGAGCACUGCUGUGUAGUAUAAAUAGUGUUGAGUGUUUAAGGUUGGACACUUCAUGAACCCAGUUCCACUUCUCUUCUAGAAUUAGUGCACUGGAUGCUGGAGUAUGUAGUGCUUAGUGUAAAGGCAUGAGGUUUGGGACACAGCCUUUAUUUUACUUCAAUGCUGUAUAUUUAAAUGAUGCCAAUUUUUCAAAUAAAUUUCCAUUCCUACUUGAUUUCUGGAAAGCUGUCUGGUCUUCACCCCAGAAAUGACCAGAACAACCCCCCCACCCCCCACCUUCAUGUGAGUAGGUCAAUCCCGUGCUACACCCCGGCGUGAAUCCUGAGCCCGUGUUUUUCCAGGCUGUGACGUGAUUGGUUUGUUUUUUCUACUCUCGUCUGGUUUUGUUCCCUCCCCCUGCCAACGUGGACGUUUUGUACCCCCGUGUGGUUUGUAUCUCACAUUACGACUGCAGUCUCAUUAUUGAGUGUCAUACAAAAGUGUUGUCUUUUUGUUUUCUCCCGCUCUUUUUCAUAAAUGAGUAAAACUGUGAUGGACGAAACACGAGUCUG